CAGCGCUUGAAGUCGUUGCGGAGCAGUUGAUUCCAACGCCCCGAAGCUGCCCAGAUCGGAAGCAGGUCUGAUUGAGCUCCGUUCCAGAAGGGGAAGGAGCGGGAUUUCUUACCGGUUUGGGGGCGUGUGGGGAACUUCCUCGCUAGGAAAUCCCGCCCACCCCGCAAUCGAAGCCUACCUAUAUCAAGCAGCACCGCCCCGCGUGUCGCAUUUCUCGGGGCUCUUUGCAUCUUUCGACUCGGAAACACUUCAAGCUGGUCGCUUUUAUCCUCAGUCGGGCGGUUUGAUCAAGAUCUAAUCCCACCAAACGAGAAGUAUCGUCGACGACAUGGCUGUGGCCGUCCAGCAACCCUCCGUUCCCGCUCACGAGCUCGUGUACGAAAGACAACAGCUACCAAAACUCCGCUCGAACCACGGACCAUGCGUCGAUGCAAGUAGUGUAGGCUGGAUGCAAGAAACGAGCGUCGACACUCCCCUCGAAGAAAUGCGGCGACGUUUUAACACAGACGGCUACGUUUUCAUCAAACACUUAAUCCCCCGCGAAACCGUCCUCGAUUCUCGAGAAGAGUACUUUGCCCAUCUCGCACCUACGCACAUCCUCAAAGCCGGGACAUCGCCGCGUGACGGCAUUUUCAACGACGCCGAUGACCCCGAGACGCAUAAUGGCGUUGGGGCGACGCGGCUGCCGGAUGGGGUUGAUCGGCUUGAUCUCCUCGAGUCGGCGCAUGUGUUGCCCAAGUAUGAUGAGCUGUUGAAGCAUGAUAGUUUGCACUCGUUUGUGAGAAGGUUCAUGGGGUGGAAGAAUGAUGUGCUUCUUACGCGGACAUUGCUCAGACAUAAUGUUCCCAAUGGAUUCUCCACGGGGAUCCAUUACGACAAACUAUUUCUCCGCAAAGGCGAAUCCGAGUUCCUCACCGCUUGGGUACCGAUAGGAGACUGCACAGCCGAAGGCGGCGGACUGAUGUAUCUCGAGAACUCACAAGACAUCGGUCGAAACGUGGAAGCAGAUUUCGUCAAGCGCGCAGAGCACUUUACUCCUGAGGAGCGAAUCAACGCCUUCAACGCCAACAUGGCUCGCGACGGGCAACUCGCACACAAUGUCGACGACUUUCGACGAGAUUAUCUGGCUGGCCAAUUUGGACGAAACGGGGGGAAGCGGAGAUGGCUUGCAGGAAAUUUCGAGGCUGGGGAUGUGGUGUUCCAUAAUGAGUACUUGAUUCACGGCGCGGUGAAGAAUCAGGAUCCCGAAGGUAGGAUACGACUGAGCACAGAUUUACGCUUUUAUGAGGAGGGUUCGAGUCUGGAUGAGAGAUGGAUGAAGGUAUGGAAACGGGAUGAUGGGUUGUGAGAUUGGCGUGGUGAGUGGCUUUGCAUUCCAGCGCGUGUUAUUCAUUCCAGG